GUUUCAUAAAACAGAGUUAAGUUUUAGAAAGAUGAAGGUUAAAAAAUUCGAAAACAAAGAAAAUGUACUGGAAACAGAAGAUUCCAUGAUACAAAAGGAAACUUCCACAUCUCUAUUGGAAAUUUGUGCAACACAAAUGGAAGCAAUCGCAAAUGAUUUCGAAACAAAUUUGAUGGAGAAUAUAUUGAAGUCUGUCUCGUGUCAAAGCUUAGAUUUAACGAAUGAAAAUCUUCCAAAGUCAGAGAGGAAACAAAUUGAUAGUGAAGAUGGAGAGAUAGAAAAUGAGGAAAAGAUUUCGAAGAAUGGAGAAUGUUCGAUUACAUUAUCCAAACCAGGCAUUUCUCGAAUUAAUGAUUUUAUUAUCGUAUCAGUCUUGUUUGUUGUUUUUUGCACAAUAGCAACAAUUAAAAUAUUUUCAGAAACGACCUAUCAUGAAGAAACAAUUGGACAAUCUUCCUUCAACCUAAAUAUAAUUGACAUCCUGUUACUACUAGCGAUUGCUAUCGCUUCUUGUUUUGGAUUUUUAAUAUAUUAUAAUGGAUAUAUAAGUGACAGGGAUCCUCUGAAAAAAAAACAAGUAAGUUAAAAAAGAAAUAUGGAGAAAUCAAUUCGUUUGAGCGUCAUAAUCUUUCGUAUGACAGUUCUUACGGCAUUCCUUUCGAAAACUAUGUUAAUAAUUUAAAAGUAUCGAAGAAUAGUGGGAAAAUUCUUUAAGAAAUGAAAUAUCUUUAUUAGAACAAAUAUUUACCAUUAAAAGAAUUUCUAGUCAAAAGCAAUUUAUACUGGUAACUGGAAAACCAUUUUUUGGUAAAACAACAUUGGUUAGAAGAUUGGCAUACGAUUGGUCUACAAGAAAGAGUCUUCAUCACUUGUCACGAUACGACAUAUUAAUUGUCAUUCAGUUACGAGAAUUAGGGAACAGAACGAUUACUGAGGCCAUUACAGAAACCAUUUUAGGAACUAGAGAUGAAAAUUCAAUUAACGCCAUCGUGAAAUCGAAAUUAAACUUUCUCAUUCUGUUAGAUGAAUACGAUAACAUGGUUAAGAAGCAAUUGUUCUUAGAUUUUCUACGGUCAUCAAUAAAUAAUCCUUCACCGAAAAUGACGGUCGUCUUAACAAGUAACGAAAAGGUUUCAAAAACAAUCAGAAUUAAAUUAGAUUGGCAUUUUUCUUUGAUUGGUUUGAAGCAAGAAGAUCAGAUAAGUUACGUGGAAUAAGUGUUUGCUGACGAUGUGGAGAAAGGGAAAAGGAUGAAAGAAA